GGCAAAGAUUGGUCCGACAGUGUAGCCAUCCCCAAUUUACCAGCUAGGGCGAAUCGAUAUGAGAAGGUCAAUACAAAUGGCAGGAUGUUGAAUAACUUGUGCAUAAACAGCGGUGUAACGGUUGUGUCUCAAAGUUUUAAGAUUUGAAUUUGGCGCCACAGAAACUUUUGUUUUAGAGCCCACUUGUAAUGACGUCAUUGAUUUGGUGGUCACGAGGUGACGCCAUCCUUCGCGGCCUGUGCCAACAGCCAUUUUAGAGUAGAAAGCCUUUGGGGCUUUGCUCUUUAAGUUAAAAUUUCUGACCAUCCAUGGGAAGAUUGUGGUGGCAACGAUGUUUUACAUGUUCUGUGAGAUGUUACAUGAAAGAUCAGAAUAAUAAAGACCAAGAAAGAGAAUUAUUUCGUUUGUCCGCUAUUGCUGCCACAAGCGGUUUAACUAUUGUUAAUGAUGAAUACAUUGAAUGUGUAUAUUUUGGAUGGGCCAAUCACACGAAGCUACCAUGGUAAUGUGAGCUAUCUUUUCCACGUCCCGGUUAACGAAGAGGCACAAGUGUACGACAUUUAUGUGAAGGACCAAAAGGGGGCAAUCUUUGAGAAGCUGCAGAGUGGGAAGUGUUACAUGCUGCUAAAUGCUGUCAAAGUGAAUGUGGACAAGGGUUGUUACGUGAAAUUGAAGGAAGUGUCAGGCAGGAAAGGCGAUACCGUUACAACUGAUGUAACUAAGGUUUACAGUAUCCCACUAUUCACCUACAAUAAACCUGCCUAUGAGGGUUUUUUCCACGCACCAGUCGUGCCUCUACAAGAAGUCAUGCGGAGUCCAGACAAGAAGCGUGUGUCUGUAACUGGACGUGUUGCAAAUGUGUCUCCAUUGGUUGCGAAAGCAAACUGGCGUCGCCAAGAGUUGCAGCUGGUAGAUGAUGACGACAAUGCGUCCAAAAUAACCGUGAAGUUAUGGAAUGAAAACGCAGGAUUGGUAAAUGAUGGCCAUGUGGACAAGAAAAUUUGUAUUGAGAAUGUAGAGAUAGAUAGCUGGGGUAGUGCGAUAGCAGUAAGAGAUACGUGCCAAACGACUGUGAAUGACUUUUCAAGAGUUCCUAGGUGAAAAUGGUGAAGUCAGAAGUGUGCUGCCAAGUAUAUGUCCGUCGUCAGGUUUGGCUCAUAGUUGGUUGUGCAAGUAAGAUUGUAUUAUUUUGACAAUGCUUGCGCAGAGCAAAGUGCUCACAAAAGCUGUAGUUAAUUAAUAACUGUUGUUAUUAAUUGCUUUGUCAUGACAAUUGCAUUUUAUAUUUAGACCUACCAGAAUAGAUAUUUUUGAUUUUGUAUUAUCCAGAAGGAAGACGUGUAGAAAAUUGUCAAUGCAAAGAGCUCAGACGAUUCUGAAUAAUUUUUUAACUUGAUAUUAUCCAGAAGGAAGAAGUGUACUUUCUGAGAUUUAAGGAAAUUCUCAAUGCAAGGAGCUGAGACCGGACAGUUUGGGUAAAAUGAUUUCCAAUGUUCAGCUGUUUUUAAAAAAUAUCUUUACCUUGAAGUGAAACCUAACUACAGGCCAAAAGUGGGCUAGUUGCAUUUGCAUGGUACAGUACAUAUGUACAGCUAUUCACCUGCAUGCGAGCUACAGUAUAGACCUGCAUUAACGUCAUAGACCUGCAUUAAGGUCCAAGUGGUAGUCAGUAUGACUAUUCAUGCAAACAUACUAGACCACUAAUUGUGGCCUGUAGUUAGAUUCAGUUUCAAGGUAGGAGUUGUAUUGGAGGUCAGAGGAGAAGUUGUUACAGAUCUCUACAAUGGUAUAUGUGGUCUCCCAAAUGAUGCAGCUUCUGCCCAGGCUGGCAUACUUGUGCACAAAUGGCAAAUCUUGUAUGAGGAAUUGGUUGUUAAAUCCAUGGCAGUAUGUGAGUGAGACUGCAAUGUGUUCUUUGGAGCGAGAAUAUUCCAUUUUGUUACUGCUGUUGCCAUGUUUGGCUUAUUUACUUUGCAAUGAAAUAACAUUAAAUACCAAUGCUGUCUCAUUUUGAUCUUGUCACCUACUAGUAUCUGGAAACUGUGCCUGGCAAGUACUAGGCCUAGUACUGCAAAGUGGUUGUUCAGCCUGAUAGAAUGCUUCAAUGACCAAAACGAGUGCUGGAUGUGGCUGUAGACCUGUAGUUCAAGGAACUGCCUUGCCACGCAACUUUCUCAUUGUUGUUGCACACUUGUCCAGUCUCCAAUGCAGAAUCGGAUGGUACUUGCACUGCAAAAAAUGAUAUACAAUUGGUGGUGCCCUCUCCUUUUCACAGCUGCUUGGAUGUGCUAAAUUGUACAUGUAGAGUACAUUAUGAAUGUUCAUCAUGAUGACAGGAGACAGCACACUAAGAAGAUGUUCUGACUCUGAAAUUGUGACCCAAUACCAGAGAAUGCAAGUCGCAAACCAUACAACAUGCUGUAAGGCACCACACAUGUAAAUUGAUGAAAUUAUCCAAUUACCCCGUGUCUGUGUCCGUGGUGCAGAUUUGGUGUAACUGUGGCAUGUGACUCGUUCCCGUGUGCUGGGUCAUAACUUUUAAUUAAAAGGUGAAUUGUUUUGCCCAACUGAAGACACGUGCUAUGCAUAAAGCACUACAUCAACUACAUGAACAGAAAAAAGGAGAAGUGGGAGAGGUUCUGGAGUGCAAGCUAUUGAGUGUUGUUCAUUAAAGAUACAGGUACUGAAAAGCUUCCUCAGUGGGAGCUUUCAUUCCUAGACUUUGCCUGUUGGAUAGUCAAGAUGAUGCAGUGGGGUCGCUUUGAAUGCUUCGACCCAUUUAGGUGAUGAGGGGUCAAACAUCCUCCAUUAUAAAUCCUUUGAAUGUGGUGCUGACUUGACUAUUCUUUUUUUCACAUGUGGUGAAGUGAAAAUAAUGUUUGACACUUUAGAACUGGUGUCGAUGUGAUAAGCUGCCGAACACUUGGUGGAAGGGUGUGGAUACCAUGGGAACCCUUACUCCAGGGAUGAUUGAACUGCAGCUAAACAGUUGUUGUACCUCCAGUAGUAUUUUAGUUCUACAUGUAUGUUCACAACUCUUGUCGGAUGGUACGGUCUUUUCAGUGCUGCCCCUGUUUACCUAACUAAUAUUGAGGACCAACUUAUGCUUUCUAUUAGGAUAGCAUGAGUAAGAUUAACAAACUAAGGAUUGCAAAAGUGGAGACCAGCUACUAAAUUUCACCACAUUAAACUUGAGUGUGAGACGGUGAGACAAUGGGUGAUUUUGAAGCUGGUGUUCACACUGGUGGUAAUAGUGUGCAUUUUUUACAGUAAACACUGGUGUUAACACCAACUUUAAAAUCACCCAAUGUAGAGUAAAGACACACACAAAAGAGACACAUUACAUUGAGAAAUUAAGAAGUGCUAUAUGGUGAUGUGAAAGUGCUCAUGCUAUCUAAAUUAGAAAAGAGAAGAUGAGGAUAGAGGUUUUCACUACCAUCACCAGAGAGGAAUGAGAAGAAAAGUAAGGUCAAGCAGGUGCUACUAUUAUACAACAUUAAUGUAUCAGUGCUACACACAAUGCAUUAUAAUAUUGAAGAUUUAACUGACUAACGUGAAAAGUCUAACAUUACAAAAUUAGAAAACAGAAGAUGAGGAUAGAGGUUUUCACUACCAUCACCAGAGAGGAAUGAGAAGAAAAGUAAGCUCAAGCAUAUGCUGUUCCGUGAUCCUAAAUCGCUUGAGU